GCUUCUGUUCUAGUAAACGCACGCUGCACUUAACAGCAUCACUCUAAAAGCAAACCGGGAGGUGUUUUACAAAUCGAAAAGUUUAAGAUUCAAGAUACGAAUCGAUAGAGUCAAUACAUCUGAUACAGGCGGAGGAGAUUAUUUAUUUUCGCUAUUUAGAAAUUUUGUCGUUUUAUCGAGAGGAUGAGUUACACAUUCAGUCAGCAAUAUGAGGAAAAAAUCCGCCCUUGCAUCGAUACAAUCGACAAAUUACGUUCUUUGGGAGUCGAAAAGGAUUUGGCGCUACCUGCCAUAGCCGUUAUUGGGGACCAAAGCUCAGGAAAAAGUUCUGUUCUAGAGGCACUGUCAGGAAUCGCGUUGCCCAGGGGUAGUGGAAUUGUUACACGAUGCCCUCUUGUGCUCAAGAUGAUCAGAACUAAGGAGGAAGAUGGAUGGCAUGGGAAAAUCAGUUACAACCAGGAUUAUGUGGAGGACAUUGACGACCCAGCAGAUGUUGAGAAAAAGAUUCGUGAGGCCCAGGAUGAGAUGGCUGGAACAGGGGUUGGUAUAAGUGAAGAACUUAUCAGUUUGCAGAUCACUUCUGCAAAUGUCCCUGACCUCACGCUUAUUGACCUCCCCGGUAUCGCUCGAGUGGCAGUCAAGGGUCAACCUGAGAAUAUUGGAGAGCAGAUUAAGAGACUGAUCAGGAAGUUUGUUACCAAGCAAGAAACAAUCAACCUUGUUGUGGUGCCAUGCAAUGUUGACAUUGCGACCACAGAAGCAUUAAAGAUGGCUCAGGAAGAGGACCCUGAAGGCGAAAGGACUUUAGGCAUCCUAACAAAGCCGGAUCUGGUGGAUAAGGGCACUGAAGGGGCUGUGGUAGACAUUGUGCACAAUGAGGUCAUUCCACUUUCUAAAGGCUACAUGAUUGUCAGGUGCAGGGGACAGAAAGAGAUCACGGAGCAGGUUACUCUUAAGGAGGCCACAGAGACAGAGAAGAUCUUCUUCAAAGACCAUCCUCAUUUUAGAACACUCUAUGAAGAGGGCUUUGCUACUAUUCCCAAGUUGGCUGAGAAACUAACAAUUGAGUUGGUUCAUCACAUUCAGAAAUCACUGCCUCGGCUAGAGGAGCAAAUCGAGAAAAAGCUUGAAGAGACACAAAAGGAACUGCAGGCAUAUGGCACUGGACCACCAUCAGACCCUGCAGAAAGAUUUAGCUUUCUCAUUGAUAAAGUUACAGCUUUCACUCAGGAUACUUUCAACCUGACCACUGGAGAGGUGCUUAAAACUGCUUCAGAUCUAUUGAUUUUUCCAGAACUCCGCAAAGAAUUUGCAAAAUGGAAGUGCAUCUUGGAUCGUUCAGGAGAUUCCUUCAAUAGGAAGCUUCAGAGAGAAGUAGAUAAUUAUGAAGCCAAGUAUCGGGGCAGAGAGCUUCCAGGCUUCAUCAAUUACAAGACCUUUGAGGGUCUUGUCAGGGAACAGAUCAGGCAGUUAGAGGAACCUGCGUUAAAGACACUGAAGACCAUCUCAGAUGUGGUAAGAAAGAAGUUUAUCCAGUUGGCCCAUUUUAGCUUCAUUGGAUUCCCCAAUCUUCUUAAAAUAGCAAAGACUAAGAUUGAGGGCAUCAAGCAAGAUAAAGAAUUACUGGCAGAGUCCAUGCUGAGGACCCAAUUUAAGAUGGAGCUCAUUGUUUAUAGUCAAGAUGGCACAUACAGCCAGAGCCUACAUGAUGCAAAGGAAAGACUAGAAGAAGAAGAAGAAGAAAUUGCACGUAAUCCUAAAAAAAAAAGUUUUCUCACUGUGGCAGAAAGCACUGGCAAUCAUGCCACUCUGCGGGAGAUGAGGCUGUUCCUUGAGUCCUACUACUCAAUUGCAAGCAAGCGUCUAGCUGACCAGAUCCCAAUGGUGAUCCGCUAUCUGCUGCUCCAGGAGGCUGCUGUGGAACUGCAGAGAAACAUGCUGCAAUUGCUGCAAGAGAAAAAUGCUAUAGACGACCUGCUAAAAGAGGACUAUGACAUUGGCCAAAAGCGGGAUAACUUACUGUGCCGUCAGAGACGUCUGAUGCAAGCACGGAAUGCAUUGGUUGUCUUUUAGAAUUCAGUUAAUAUUGUUAUUUGCAACAGUUUUAAAUGCAACACAAUCAUACAGUGGUAGUGAAGUAACAUGAAGUUUAUCAUCUCCCUUCCAUUAAGCAUUGGCAGAUUUUUUUAUUUUUUAUUUAUGCAUUUGACAUUUUAUCUUUUGGCUAUUCAAUAUAUUUUAGUGUUGUUGUUGUUUUCUUGUGUGUGUGUGUGUGUGUGUGUGCUGUUAAAUCUGCACUCAGUAAUUUUUGUUUUUGUUGUCUUGGGCUUACACUGACACCUAGGGGCCCUGGAUGCAGCAUCAUUCAAAAUCAAUAGUUUUUAUUCACACAUGUCAUUGUAGAAAUUAACUAUUCACAAUCAGCCAUCAUUAAUCUAUUCCAUGAGUGAAAGUGAACAACAACGGGCUGGUUACUGAGAUUAAGCGAGUAGUAUUCGGCUGGUCAUAUGAUCUUAACAUGGUAGCCUCUAUGUAGAAUAAUACAGCUUUUAUAAGGUUACUGAUAUGACUGGAGUCUUCAUUUCAUGUAAGUGGUCAUGAUUUGAAAUGUUUCAAAAUGACUAAUUUCUUUUUGAGUAAAACUUUUUUAAAGAUGAAAAAGUGAGUGCAGAUAAUCAUUUACCAAAGAAUAUAAUGUUACCCAGCCUUAAUACAGAUGUUUAAAAUACUUUUGAGCUCUGAAGUUUAGAGCUGUGAUAGUCCUCUUUAUGCAAUAUACAUGUAAAUGCAAUUGUCCAAUAUGUUUUUAUAAUGUCCAAGAGGUACUGAAAAAAAGCUUCUUUUACAAUUGCAGGAUUUUGUGCAGUAGUACCCCAUCAGUGUCUGACAUAUUCAUGCCUUCCGUUAACUUCUAAUAGACCUAAUACUGUGUCUGGAACAGGAUUGGCCUAUCUAGUCCAAAGACCCUGGUUAUCUUUCUUUUGGUUGCCACUGUCCUCUCAUCUACAUAAGAUUCUGAUAUGGUUGGUUAAAGUUUUUUAUCAUAUGUUUCACAAACAAAUAUGAGAUAUGAAGCUGUUGAUUGGUUAUAAUGGGAAAUUAGAGUAAAUAUUGGAAAGGUGACAUCAUUGAUAUAAAGCAUGAAUAAUGCAAAAUAUAACAGACCCUUAGCAUUGACCAUGUCACUAUGGAAGCAUGUUUAAAUAUUCUUUGGACCAAAAAGUAUUAUAGCAAAAUUUAAAAUGGGAUCAUUUUGAUUAAAAUAUAAUGAGUGAACA